GCUGAACUUUCUGUAAAGGCAGAUUUGGCAACAGCAGCAGGAGCGUGCACAGCGAUGCCGUGCCUGCGCACGCACCUCUCCUCCAGUGGCGCGCUGGCGGACUCCAGAUGUCCAGACUUUCUCACUCCGGAGUUUGUUAAGUUCAGUAUGGACCUGACCAACAGCGAGCUGCUGUCUGCGGCCCCUGCGCUCAGCGGCUCCCCGGGGCCCGCAUCACCGCUGCGCUGUAUGUUCCACAUGCACAUUCCGGGCGAGGACCCGUGCGUUAUGGCCGAAGACACAGACAUGUCCCCUGCGGAGGAGCCGCUAUCCUCCUUUUGUCCCCCGUGUCCACGCGCGGUGCUCAGCUCUGCCAGCAGUGUCCCGUGGGAGGACACGGGCUGUCAGUGCCUCCAGGACCACAGCAGGACGCGCAGUCUCACUAGACUCUCGCUGUGGUCCGUCCAACAGCACAGCGGCCAGAGACCGACAGCGUGCCACCUUCCAUCGGAGCCACAGCUGCGCGUGACAGUGGGCUUUCCUCACGCGCUCCGCGGUGGCGCUCUGUGCGCGGUGUGCGGGGACAGUGCGGCAUGUCAGCACUACGGCGUGCGCACGUGCGAGGGCUGCAAGGGCUUCUUCAAGCGCACGGUGCAGAAGAACGCCAAGUACGUGUGUUUGGCGUCCCGGAGCUGCCCCGUGGACAAGCGCCGGCGCAACCGCUGCCAGUACUGCCGCUUCCAGAAGUGCCUGGACGUGGGCAUGGUCAAGGACGUGGUGCGGAGAGACGAGUUGAAGGGGAGGCGGGGUCGGCUGCCCUCCAAACACGCCUCGGUCCAGGACUCCAGCUCCCUGCUCCUCACCCUGAUCCAAGCCCACCAGGAGACCAGCCCUCUGGCCAGCAGCUCCGACGCUCCCCAGUGGGAGGACAGUGUCAGUGUCCCAGAGGCAGCAGACGACUCAGGACACGUGCAGCUCUUCUACAGCCUCCUGACCCGCUCCAUGGAGGUCCUACACAGAUGGGCUCACAAGAUCCCGGGUUUUUCCUCUCUCUCCAAACAGGACCAAGAGCUUCUGUUUUACUCCGCCUUCAUGGAGCUGUUUGUGUUGCACUUGGCCUACCGGUCCAGUCCAGAGGAGGGAAGGCUGCUCUUCUGUGACGGCUCUGUGCUCCUGGUGUCUCAGUGUGAGCGAGGCUUUGGUCUGUGGAUCCACGGCCUCCUGGAGUUCUCCUUCAGCCUGCGUGCCAUGGAGCUGGACACACCCACCUUCUGCUGUGUCUGCGCCCUGACCCUGCUCACCGAAAGAGGUGGUCUCCAGGAGCCUCAGAAGCUACAGCGUCUCCAGAGCCGUGUGCUCCAGUGUCUGAGGACCACUGACCCUCGGCUGGACGGUGGUCUGACCCUGCUCCUCGAUGGACUGCUCCAGCUCCGAGCUCUGUGCCUCCAGGGCCUCCAGAGGAUCUUCUACCUCAAGCUGGAGGACCUAGUGUCUCCGCCCGCUAUUAUAGACAAGCUGUUCUUGGACACAUUGCCCUUUUAG